ACUGCUACAAUGGGCUCAGUGAAAUCAGCUGGACUGUCUGUUCUUCUGGUGUCUUUUCUUCUCUACGUCGCCAAUUCUUACCCCAACAGUGACUUUUCAAACAUGGGCUGUGAGGAAUGCACCCUGAAAAAGAACUUCUAUUUCUCAAGGGAUCGUCCAAUUUAUCAGUGCAUGGGCUGCUGCUUCUCCAGGGCGUAUCCGACACCUCUCAGGGCCAGAAUGACCAUGAUGAUUCCCAAGAACAUCACGUCGGAGGCAACGUGCUGUGUGGCAAAACACGGCUAUGAGACAGAGGUGGAUGGCAUUCGGGUGAAAAACCACACAGAGUGCCACUGCAGCACCUGCUAUUAUCAUAAGAUAUGA